AUGUAAAAUUAAUAAACAUUUGACGAGCUUAAAAUUAAUGGUGUAACAUACAUAAAAUUAGAAAAACUUGGUGAAGGGGCAGAAGGUGAUGUUUAUAAAGGGUUAAAUACUUAAACUAAUGAAAAUGUGGCUAUUAAAUAAUACAAAUAAUAAAUUAAUGAAAAGGAAUACAGUGCAUUGUAAGCACUUUAAAAAUAGAAUUUGAAACAUAUUAUUGGAAUAAAAGAAGUAUUAUAUUAGGAAUAAAAAGAAACAAUAAUUAUUAUGGAAUUUGCUGAUGGAGAAUUCAAUGAAUUUAUGAAAACAGAUGAUUAUCAACAAUUAAGUAUUGAUUAAAAAAAUAAAUAUUUUAUUUAAGUAAUAAAAUAAAAUGAUUAUAUUAGAUGGCAAAAGGAGUUAGUUAACUACAUAAAUUGGGAUUAUUUCAUAGAGAUUUAAAACCAGAAAACUUUGUCUAUUUUAAUAAACCAAACAAUUAAAAAAUUAUAAAAUUGAUUGAUUUUGGAAAAGCAAGAAAUAUAGAGAAUAAUAAUGAUGAACUUCGGAAAACAAUUUAAGUUGGAACACCUUAAUAUGGAGCUCCAGAAAUUAUUACGGGUGAUUAUGAUAAUUAAAUCGAUAUCUGGUCUUUGGGACUAGUUUGGUGGGAAAUGUUAACAAAUGAAUCAUUCUUUAAAAGUACCAAUUAAAAAAAAAAAUGCGAUCAAUAAAUGAUAGAUUCAAAAAUUGAUUCUUGUAAGUUUAUAUAAGUAAAAGAGAGUAAUUUUCUAAAAAAAAUGUUAAAUUUAGAAGCUUCUAAACGACUUUAAUUAAAAGAAAUUAUAUACGCUUAUAAGAAAUAAGAUGGCAAAUAAUAAAAUUUAAUCAAUAUUAAUUAAAAUUAAAGCACAUACAGAAUAAUAAAUAAAAUUGGUUAAGGGGCAGAAUGUAUUGUGUAUAAAGGGCAAAAUACUUAAACGAAUGAAAUUGUAGCUAUUAAAGAAUACAAAUAAAUAAAUCAAAAUGAAUUAAAAGCUAUUUAAGCAAUUAACUAAAAGAAUUACAGUCAUAUAAUUGGAAUAAAAGCAGUCUAAUAAAAUUCUAAUUCAUGUAUAAAAAUAGUUAUGGAAUUUGCGGAUGGAGAUUUUUAUAAAUUUAUGUCAACAUAAGAUUAUUAAAGAUUGGGCUAUGAUUAAAAAAAUUAAUAUUUUCUUUAAGUAAUUUAAUUAUAUGAUAAUUUUUAGAUAGCAAAAGGGGUUGAUUAACUUCAUGAUUUGGGAUUUUUUCAUAGAGAUUUAAAACCAGAAAAUUUUGCAUUAAUUGAUAUACCAAACAAUUAAAAAAUUAUUAAAUUGAUUAACUUUGGUUUUGUUAAAGAAACAUCAAAUAAGAUGGCAAAGACUGUAUGUGUUGGAACACUAUUUUAUAUAGCACCAGAAGUUUUAACAAAUAUUUAGGGUUUAAUUAAAUAUUUUUAUGAUAAAUCAGUUGAUAUUUGGUCUUUAGGAAUCAUUUGGUAUGAGAUGUUAACAGGAGACACAUUAUUUUAUGGUAAUUUAUAUUGAUAAUCUUAGGUAAUGAUUAAUAAGAAAUAAUUAAUCAAAUCUUGAAAAUUAGUUAAUAAGAUAUCGAUUAAAAAAUUUAAUAAAACCAGAAUAUAUAACAAAAAGAAAAAGAUAUAAUUAAAAAGAUGCUGAGAAAAAAUUCAAUUUAAAGAAUAUAAUUAAAAGCGAUAAUUGCUGCUUAUAAUUAAAAUGAUUCAAAGCAAUUUCCAUUUUUAAAAUUUCCAAUCUAAUAAAAUUAGAAUUAGCUUCAAAUAUAAUUCUAAUAAUAAAUAUAAUAUCCUUAAUUAACAGCAAAAAAUAACUAAUUAUAAAUACAACCUUAAGAACUUCAGAGAUAAAUUAAAGAUUUAGAGGAAAGAGAAAAUAAGAAAUAGUAAGAGAGAGAAAAAAUUUCAUAAGAAUUAAAAUAAUAAAUGGAAAAAGAAGAGAAAUAAAAAAUAUAAGAGUUCGAAUAAUAGAAGAAUGUUUAAAUGGAAUAAAUAUAAAGAGAAAUGAAAAAGAAAAAUGAAUUAGAGCUUGCUUAUAAAUUAUAAAUAAUUUUAAAAUAAUAGAGAUUAGAAUUAGAAGACUCGAUAAGAAUAAAAGAAAAAGAAUUAAAAUAAUAAAAAGUAGAGACUCAAUAAAAGGAAAUAAAUUAAGAAUUGUUAGCUUAAAUAAAAAUUUAGUAAGAAAUAUAAUUUUAAAAUGAAAUAAAUGAAUUCAAAAAAAGGAAAGAAGCCGAAUAAUAGCGAAUUUUCUAAAAGUAUCUAGAGAAGGAAAAAUAGGAAAGAGAAGAAAAAAUUAAAUACAAAGUAUAAGAGGAAGAAAAAUUGAUUAAAGAAUAAUUAGAAACAGAUAUUUAAAAUAAAUAUCUAUUAGAAUAUUCAUAGAAAGUUAAUGAAUUGGAAAAAAAAUAGGAAUGCGAAAAUUAAAAAUAAUUAGAGGAUAAAAAAUAAUCCUUAAUAAUAAUAUUAUAAUCUUAGUAAAAUACAAUAUAAAUGUUUAUAUCAAAUCUAAAAUAAAAAUUAUAAGAUAUAAAUGAAAAAUAUAUACAAAAUGUAAAAAAAAAUGAGAUAAUGGAUUUCAUAAAUAAUGAACUCUAAAAAUAAAAUGAAAAACUCAAAGAAAAUUAAUAGAAACAAUUAUAUAUUUAAUAAGUUUCUUAAUUAGAGUAACUAUAUGGAUAGGAUAUUUAAUUGUCUUUAGAAAUUUAAUAAGAUUAACAUGAAUAAAAUGAGCUUAUUAAUUAUAUUUAAGAAUAAUCAAUUUUAGUUGAAAAGUAAGCAAGAGAUGAAUAAAAUAUAUAGUAAAAUCAAAUAGAAAGUCAAAAAUAAAUAGAACAAGAAGAGAAAUUAAAAAAAGAAAAAUAAAAAUUUCAAUAUUAAUUUGCUAGCUUACAAUAAUAAUGCAAUACAUUUUAAAACAGUAUUUUAAAAUUUGAAGAAAAAAUUAAGUUUUAUGACAAAAUUUAAUAUUAAAUGUAAGGCUAAGAGUAACUUCAAGAAGUUAUACAGAAAUUUUAUAAAAUGAUAUAAGAAUUAUAAGUUUUAUAAUAAUUAUAAGUUUUAUAAUAAUAAGAAAAAAUGAUUAAUGAACUUUGGUAAUCGUAAUAAAUUAUUAGUUAUUAAUCUUUUCAUAGUAAGAUUUAAGAUAUUGAAUCAACUUAAAAUAACCUUAAAAUUUUAAUUGAUUAAUCAGAUCAAACUAUUGAAAAAAUUGAUAGCUAAUUUAUUGAUGAACAAUUUAAUCAAAUACAUAAAUUAGCCAAUAAUUUAAAUGAUUACUAGGAUAAAUUUAAAUAUCUAUCUAAUAAAAAUUAAAAAUAUAAAAAUAAAAUAAAUGAAGUAAUUAUUAAAAUAGGAAAUAGUUUUAAAUAGUUAAAUAAUUUGAAUUAAAUAUUAACUUAAGGAAUAUUUGAAAAUUAUCAAUAGUUCAAUCGAAUACUAGAUUCAACUAAUCAAGAUAUAUACGAAUUUUUCAAAUAAUAUAAUUAAUUGCAUGAACAAAUUUACGAAGAUUAAUAAAUUGAAUAACAAAACGUUGAAAGAAUUAAAAAAUUAAUAAAUAUAGAAGGAUAAUUAAAAGAGUUUAUAGAUAAAAUGAAUAAGCUAAAAAACUAGGUUAAUAAUUUAAUUAAUAAUCAAUAUUGUAAUAAUGAAUAAACUAAGAAUUUAAUUAUGGAUAAAUAAAGAAAAAUUGAUGAAAAUAUGAAUUAAAUUUAAGAUGAAUUUUAAAAUUUUAAAGAAUUCAAUCAAAUUGCUUACUAUGAAAUUAAAAAUCAAGUAAUAUCCUUGCAAUAAUUUUAAGAGAAAUUAAGAAAAUAAUUUGAUGAUGAAUAAGAAUAAGUUAUUUAACUAUAAUUAGUAAUUUAAAAAAUAGGAGCCGAAAAUAAAAGUGGAUUAGAAAAGGAAUUUUCACAAUUAACUCAAUAAUUAUAAUAAAAAUUAAUGUAAUUUACAAAAACACUUUAAUCAGUCAAUCUUGAAUAAGAUUAAAUUGAGUGCUAUAAAAAAAUGAAUGAGAAAAGAAACGCUUUGUAUAAUUAACUCAAAUAAGAAAUAUUCAUCUUAGAGAAUUAUUAUAAACUAAAUCAAAAAAACUAGAUGCUAAUUAAUUAAAAAUUAUAAGAACUUUAAAAUAAAUAGAUAUUUGAUAAAUUAAUAAUCAAACUUAAUUAAUAAUUGAAUUUUAAUUGUAAUAAAGCUAAAAAAUUAGAAGAAGUUUUGAGAAGUGUUCGUAAUAAACCAAAUGAAAUUUAAUUUAGCAAAAAUAACCUAAUUGAUUUAUAUGAAUAAUUAAAAAAAAAAGAAUAAAAAUUAUAAUCAGAAAUAACUAAGAUAAAUCUUUCAGAAUAAAAUUAAUAAGUAUAUCCAUCAACUUUUAAUGAAUUAAAAAUGGAAAUUUAAAAUUUAGAUUUUGAGAUAGAAAAAUUAAUCUAAGAAAUUCCUAAAGAUAAUUAGAUUUAAUAAUUCAAAAACGAAUUUACAAUAAAUUUAGAAUUUUAUGAACAAUUAUAAGCUUUAGUUAAUUAUAUAAUGUAGUAUCAUUUAACAAGAUAUUAUUAAGUAAUUAAAGAAGAUGAACUUAAAUAAAAAGAGAUAUGGAAUGGGAUAUAAACGCAUAAUGCAUAUAAAUAUGCUAUUUAAUAUAAAAUAACUGAAUAAAUAGAAGAAAACACUUAGAAAGAGAAGAAAGCUUAAGAUUUAUUGAAGAUAUACGAAAAUAUUCUGUUUAAUGAUUACAAUAAGAAGAUGAUUGAUGAAAUGGAAAGAGAUUAUGAAGAAAUCAAGUAACAAAUUGAAGUUUUAGAAGAUAACAUAAAAUAAAAAAAAUUAGUAACACUUAAGGCUACUUUAAAAGAUGAAAAAAUAAUAAAAGAAAUUAUUAACGAAAAAUAAUAUUAUAAGAUUACAGAGUUUACAUAGAUGAUAAUUUGUGAAAUAAUAUCGAAAUAAAACAAUAAAUAUUGA